GGCGGCCAUCGUUGGGGGAACAAAUGUUAAAAACAAUACUCAAAAUAAUAUUGGUGGAGAGAGAGAGCUAGUUACAUUCGGAUUUCCGUAUACAAUAAAUGGAUAUCAUAAUAUGAGUAGCGAGGAGACGUCGAUGACUGCCGUGGAAAAUACCCCCGAGACAGUCAAUAAACCAAAACGCAAGAAAACAACGAGAGCAUGCAACCAUUGUCAUAAGGCCCAUAUGACAUGCGACAGUAGUCGUCCCUGUAAACGAUGCAUACAACGAGGAUUAGAACUCACAUGCGAAGAUGCACCACGAAAGAGAAAGAAGUACUUGGCCGAUGUUCCCAAUGCCUCGUUAGUGCCGAGUCGUAUGGAACUGACAAUCUCGGAAAUUCAACAACCAACAAAUCUGGGACGAAUAACUUAUGAAGCCACUAUGUUUCAACAUAGUGCUACCGUGCCCAACAUGGUACAAACUGCCGACAGUAUGAAUUAUACUAUUCCCUCUAAUGAUUUCCACACUCAGCCGUUAUUCCCGCAACGUCAUUUACCCCAUCAUUUACAACGAUCUAAUUCACAUACCCAACCUCACGUGCAACCUUUAUUCCCCCAUAGUCAACCACCGUCACAGCAUCCACACACACAGCCUCAGGGUAUGCCUGCUAAGAGAAGGACAAACUUUUUGUCCUCGGCUGCUGAUUUGGAGUACUCUACCUUGUCAAGUAUAUUACAAGAUAGUUUUGGUCAUCCAACUACAUCCAAUGAAGGCACACCCAAUUCAUCAGGAUCUCCCCACAACCAACUACAAAAUAAUUACUCGCAAUCAGGUUCAAUAAUAAACUCACCCAGUGAAAUCCAGACAUUACCAAAAAUACCAGCAACCCACUCAACCACCCUGUCUCCAUUGACACAACCUCAUGAACCCGAGUCACGAACUUCCAUUUACGACGAUCUGAGGUAUCCUAAAUGCGACGAAUCUAUUAACCAGUAUUUCAUUGGCCGAACUGAAGCAGACCAUAUCCUGUUGUUCCCCGAUAUAAUCACCGCCAUCGAGAAUAUGAAAGCCAAUGAUCCAGCCGUGUAUUACGAACGAAAUUCCAAACUGACAUUAUCGUUCUCCAUUGGCAUAUUACCCGAGGAUAACCACUAUAACAAGCAGACUAACGGGGCAAGCGCUGAAGAUGGAUUGUUCAAAGAACCAGAGGAAAUUUAUGAUAAAGUCAAGAAACCGUUUUCUUAUACUCCGGGAUAUCAUCGAUUAAUUGCAUAUUUAAGAAAGAGAUUUUCCAAACCAAUGUUGGUGGAAAUGGCCGAGUCUAUGGCUGCAUAUAGACCUUCAUUUAUUGCGUGUACGAACUCGCUAAAGGAAGGCGAUUUGAUCUUUAUGGAGCAAUGUUUCCAGCGUACGUUGUUAACAUAUGAUAAUUUCAUCAGAAUUAGUGGUACGCCCACCAUUGUCUGGAGAAGAACGGGAGAGAUUGCCUAUGUUGGAAACGAGUUUUGCAUAUUGACUGGAUGGACGAGACAAGAAUUGGUUGGAGGAAAACAAAAGAAGUUUAUUGUCGAGCUAUUAGACGAUAAGUCCGUGUUGGAAUAUUUCCAUAUCUUUUCUCAUAUUGCGUUUGGAGAUUUCUUGGGUGCAACCAUGACGGAAUGUACGUUGUUAACUCCAAAUAAGGACGUGAAAAUCAGAGCUGGGUGUAUGUGGACACUAAAGAGAGAUGUGUUUGGUAUUCCAAUGAUGAUUGUUGGCAAUUUCCUCCCCAUAAUAUAGAAAUCUGUAACAAUAUAGUAUUAUGUAUUUAUUUUAUAUGUGCAAUUUUUACACAAAAAAUUUGU